ACCCUGUGUUAUUACUUUUUGACUUUCUAUAUUCUUUUUUCUCAUUGAUUUUUUAUAACAACUCAAUACACAAUUUAAGAACUUUUUUUCUUCUUUCCUCUACUGUAUACUAUAACUUUGUUCAUCAUAUAAUAAUAAUACAAUUUUUUUAAUUCCUUUUUUCUAUAUCUCUUACAUAACCUAUAUAGCUUAAUUUUUUUGAUUUCAGAAAUAAUAAACUCAAUGAUACAUUUAGUUAAAAUUACAAUAGCCACUAGAUCUUUACAAUGCAUGGAUCUUUACCACACACUAGACCGUGUAUCUCCAGUAGAUUUGACAUCCUGCCAUUUUUUUACUUACCGUUUCCACAUAACCUGAAUAUAGUACUUCUUUACUUUUUAUAUUUCUUAGUUUCAAAUUAAACUCAUCAUUAUUCUUAUCACUAUAUGCCAUUAUGUUUAGGUAUUUUAUUAUUCCUGUUAAGCCUAAAAGUUUAAUGAUAGUCAGAUCCGUUGAUCCAUUCCAGAAAACUAUUGUGGGUUCUCCAUUCGUUAUAUGCAAAUAUUUUUGAAGAUAUGUCGAAGACAGGGUUGAUGCCCCCUGGAGACUUAUACUCUUACAUAGUUGUCCAAUAAGAGGUGUCAUCAUAUCUGGUUUGUGACGAGAUAUCCUCUUGAUCGUUUGCAUCAUAUAGCCCAUUCACUGCGCCAGAAUCUCCUUAAAUUAUUAUCUUUUUGAAUUUAAAAUCCACAAUGAAAAAAUGAACCUGGAACUAAAAUAUUGGAUUAUAAUAUUAAUUAUGUUAUAAAUUAUUAUGCUAUUUAAUUAAUCUGAGUCUUGAUCAAGCAUAGUGGCUGACAAAAUGUGUCUCUCAAUCUAUUGAUCAAGGAUUGUGCCUAUAGUCUUACAAACUGAUUGAUUCUAGUGAUCCAAUACUCAACAAUAGUAACAAAAACAAAUAUUUUGGAAGUAUAGAGUUAAAUCUUGCAUAAAAAAGUAAAUAUGUGUGUUGGUAGUCGUAUUUUAUUUUUAUGUACAUUGCAUUUUAUAUUUGAUUUGACAGAGAAACUGACUUAAAAUUUUAAAUGUUUUACUAGCCUAAAACAUUGUAAACAGCAAUAAAAUUUGUGUUUAUGCAACAAUGGAUUGAUAUAACUACAUCAUAUUAGAAACAGAAGUUGAAUGUAUGUCAUCAACUGUUGAUGUUGACAUACCAAUACCUGAAGGCGAAGAGGCUUCAUCUUCUGUUAAUCCAUAUCCAUGUGAUUUUUGUAGUCGGAGAUUUAAUCGAAAAUCACAUCUUAUGAACCAUAUGGUUACCCAUCAAUCUGAGCGUCCCUUUUGUUGCGCAUUAUGCGGUGUUCGUUAUCGACGUAAAUGUGAUUUAGCCAAUCAUAUGAAAAUUCAUAUUGGUCCUGAUAAUCCAUCAGAUAGUGGUUUAGAUAAUCAAAAUGUAUCUGUUACAAAAGUAAUGAACAAAUUAAUGUUCAUGGAUCCAAUACAGAGAAGGAGUGUUACACCUGGUGAAGAUUCUGAAGAUAAAGGAGACAUAUAUCAGGAAUCAAAUAUCAAAAACCGUGGCCGUGGUAAAGGUCGGGGUAGAGGAAAAGGUCGUCCAAUAAAAGAUCGCCUACUUUCUCUUGGUUGGAAUUCAGAAAUUUACUCAAAACCACAUACAUGUAACCCAUGUGGAAUUUCAUUUACACGUGAAAAAGCACUUCUUAAUCAUGCUCGCCUAAGUCAUAUUGAUGAUGGUGUAAAUAUUGUUACUACUCAAAAAUCAAAUUCAGAUACUUAUGAGCUUACAAUAUUGGCUAAUACUAAAUCCGAUGAUUCUUAUUCUUGUGAUUCAUGUGGGGCAGUGUUUAACAGAUUUGAUUUUUUAAAACGUCAUCAAAGGCAACAUAUGAAAAAAGAACUUGGAAACGUUGAGGAAGAAAUAUAUGAAGAAGCACAAAUGUGUAUACAUUGUGGAUUGUUUUUUAAAUCUAUAUUAGAGUUAGAAGUGCAUACUGAGCAACAUUUGAUUCCUACAAAUAUUUCAGAAAAAUCAAAAUGUUUAGCUUGUGGUGAAACAUUUGAUAGUACAGAUGAGCUAUCUGACCAUGUGUCUCAAAUUCACACUGAUUCAUUAUCUGAACAUUCGUGUAAACUUUGUGGAAAACUAUGUAAAGACGAUAAAGCUCUCCAAAAACAUUUAAUGGUUCAUGACACAUCUGAUAAUAAUUGUAUAAUAUGUGGUAAAAGAUUUCAUUCUAGAGCACGUCUUAAACGACACAUGGUAACUCAUAGAGAAAAAGAAGUUACUUGUGACAUAUGUGGUGAAGAAGUAGCUGAUAAACGAGCACUUAUUAAUCACAAAGCUAGUCAUGCAAAUACUGUUAGUAUUUCACGAAAUUCACUGACUGAAAAAAUAUUUCCUUGUACCAAUUGUGGCAAAGUAUUUGGAUCUAGAUCAUCUCAACAAAUACAUAUACGAAUACAUACAGGAGAACGACCUUAUGGUUGUAGAUAUUGUGACAAAGCGUUUGCUGAUGGUGGUACACUUCGAAAACAUGAACGAAUACAUACGGGUGAAAAGCCAUAUGCUUGUCCUGUCUGUCCAAAGGCGUUCAAUCAAAGAGUUGUAUUGCGUGAACACAUACGUGCACAUCAUGCUGGCACUGAGGCAAAGGGUGGUCAAGUCAAUUUUUAUGAAUGUAAAGUGUGUGGUUAUUUGUUUCGAUCUUCUAUGGAGCUUUGUUCACAUUUAGUUCAACACAGUGAUGAAAAUACUAAAAGAUCCAGAGUAGUGCCUGUAGGACCUCGCAAAUAUAAGCGUCGCAGUAAGUUGGGUAAUCGCAAAGAUACAUGGUGCUUAGUAGAAAAAGUCUUUAUGAUGUCAGGACAGUCUGACACAGAGAGUUGUGAGGAUGAACCGAAACCUACAGCAGAAGAGCAAGCUGUACAAUCAAUCAUGGAACAAGAUGAUAUGCCUUACGAUCCUCCAUCUGUAGCUAGUCCCAAAAGAACUCCAGUUAAAACAUACAAACUUGUAAAUGGUAAGUUAGUGAAAACUGAACAAAAAGCUUCUAAGCAAGUAUCAAAUGAAUCAAAACGUCCAGUUCCCAAAUCAGAACCUUUACCAAAAAAGCAUACAUUUGUGCUUAAAGAAGGAGAGUGUACUAGAACAUGUUCAACUGUUCUUUAUUAUUCUUCAAGAUCUAAUCCGACAGAUAUGGAUUCAUUAUUAGGAGAGGAAUCGAAAGAAAAUGAUAAUCCAGAAGAACCUGAAGAUCAGAUAUUUGUAGAGGAGGAUGAUUUAACAUCCCAUACUUUAGAACGAGUUAGUAUUGAAUCAAUGUUUAAUGUUGAAGAAUUAGAUAAUAUUGGUGACAUUUGCGACAUUGGUUUUCCUGAUGAACCUGGUGUAGAAUAUUAUGUUGAAAAUGAUGGUGAUUACGGUGAUCGUAUGUCUUUAAUUGUGGAAAAUGUUGAUUCAAACGGUGAUUGCUUGGUUGAAACAGAACUGGUGUUUGAUACAGAUUAUGUUGAGGAGGUUGGUGCUAACAUUGAGCUAAGCACUGAAGAAAUGACACCUGUAUUUACAGAAAAUAUUUCUUGUGAUAUUUGCGAUGAAGUAUUUGAGGAUAGAAAAGAGCUUAUGAGACACAUCCAAACCAUGCACAUCGGAUAAAUGAUUAUAUUCUUUUUUUGUGUACUACUACUUAGUUGUAAAAUGUUCUGUUUGUAUGUCGAUUUUUUUUGUAUGUUAAGCUAGCAUAUAAUUUUAAAUGUUCAUUGCUGUAAAUACAAUACAAUGCUGCCGUUUUGUAUCUAAUUAGAUAGAUUAGGUGGCCAAGAUGAUGUUACCAUAUUAAUAUUAGUUGUGAAGAUUGUGUAUUCCACGCAAUAUUAUGCUUGAUAGAUUUUAAUAAUUUCCUAAUAUAUUGAAAUUAUAUCCAGUUUCGUUUUAUUUAUUCACACCAAAAAAAAAAAAAUUAUUUCAAACACAGUUGUUAUUCUAAUUGUGAUUAGUUAAAAUUUAUAUUUAUUGUAUGGAUUUUGUUUAAAAAACUAUAACAUUUAAAUUUUUUUUAUAUCAUUGCGUUAUUAUUGUGACUAAAUAUACAUAAUGGUUUAAAUAAAUUCACCAAUUAAAAGAGGCUGAAUAUUGAAUUUCAACUUGUCAAAUAUAUUUAAAUCUAUUUGACUUAAAUUUUAUUCAACAAUAUUUUGAAUAUUGUUACACUCAACUAUUCUAAAUGUGUAAUACACAGAUAUAAUAUGUACUUAGGUUAUGCUAAUAAUAAUUGUUUAAACUAAAAAGUGAUGCUAAUGAGUACAGUGUAAAGUAUUACAAAUAAAUAAAGCCUAUAGUUUAUUUUUCACUUA